GAAAACUCUAGUAAUAGGAAGAAGACUGUAUUAACCCGCGCAACGAUUUAAACCACCUUUAUCCACUUUGUCUUCCUCCGCAUCUCACUCUCUCAGAUUACUUUUAGAGUGAAGCCAUUUUCAUCUUCACUCUGAACAAAAUGCAAAUCCUCCAAACCUCUCACUUCCUUCCACUCUCUCUCCUCCCUAAAACCCCUCUUAAACCCCCAAUUCCCAUUUUCCAUAACCCUAAUUUCCACCCCAAUUUCUCUCUCCUCUCCUCUUCCUCUUCCCUUCUCCCAAUUCCCCCCAAAUCCUACGCUUCCGAUGAAUUCCCGGUCGACGAGACCUUCCUCGAGCAAUUCGGCCCGAAAGACACCGAAACCGAGGAAGAAGCCCGAAAGCGGAACUGGGUCGAACGAGGUUGGGCGCCAUGGGAGGAGAUUCUUUCUCCUGAGGCGGAUUUCGCCAGAAAAUCGCUCAAUGAGGGGGAGGAAGUAGCAUUGAAGAACCCGGAUACGAUUGAGGCAUUCAAGAUGCUGAAACCUAGUUACAGGAAGAAGAAGAUGGAGGAGAUGGGAUUGACUGAGGAUGAGUAUUAUGCUAGACAGUUUGAUAUUAAGGGUGAGAUUCUGGACCCCUUGGAGACUUAUUGGGAUGGGCCGUUGGUUGUUCGGCAUGUUGCGCCUCGCGACUGGCCUCCUCCAGGCUGGGAGGUUGAUAGGAAGGAGCUGGAGUUUAUCAGGGAAGGUCAUAAGAUGAUGGCUGAGAGGGUGGAUAUGAAGGAAUUGGAUAAUGUGAUUAGGGAGAAAGAAGGGAUGUGUAUGGAUAGGUAUAAAGUGUUUCUUAAGCAGUAUCAGGAGUGGGUUGAGUUUAACAAGGAUAAAUUGGAGGAAGAGUCUUAUGAGCAUGAUCAAGAUUAUCAUCCAGGAAGGAGGAAACGAGGCAAAGAUUAUGAGGAGGGAAUGUAUGAACUACCGUUCUAUUAUCCUGGACAAAUCUGUCUUGGCAAGGUGACUACUUUGCACCUAUAUCAAGGAGCAUUUGUGGACGUCGGAGGAGUAUAUGAAGGGUGGGUUCCUAUUAAAGGCAAUGAUUGGUACUGGAUCCGCCAGCACAUAAAAGUUGGUAUGCAUGUUAUGGUUGAGAUUUUGGCUAAGAGAGAUCCGUAUCGGUUUAGAUUUCCUCUUGAAUUACGUUUUGUCGACCCGAACAUUGAUCAUCUUCUCUUUCAAAGGUUUGAGUAUCCACCAAUAUUUCAUCGUGAUGAGGAUACUAAUCUUGAUGAAUUACGUCGUGAUUGUAGAAGGCCUCCUUUUCCCAGAAAGGAUCCAGGAGUCAAAGUAGAAGAAGAGCCUCUGUUGUCUGAUCACCCUUACGUUGACAAGCUGUGGCAAAUCAAUGUUGCUGAGCAAAUGAUCUUGGAUGAUAUGGAGGCUAACCCUGACAAAUAUAAAGGGAAGAAACUGUCAGAGCUGACUGAUGAAGAAGAGUUCGAUGAGGAACAUAGUGUGGAAUACACAAAAGUUCAAUACAAAAAAUCGCUGUUGCCAAAAACGAUAUUGAAAACAAGUGUGAAGGAACUUGAUCUGGAGUCUGCUUUUGCUGAGCGUCAGCUUCACAAUAGACUUCAAAAGGAAGCAGAAGAAAGAGGGGAGGACUACAAAGUUGACAAAUUAAGACGAAACAUAGAGAUGGAUGAGUAUGAUUUCAUCCAUUGGCGUCGGUCGUUUGAGGAAAGAGAAGCUCUGCUGCGAGACAUAAGCUGUCGCCAAGCUCUUGGCCUACCGCUACAAGAGCCAGGGCGAUAUGUUGAUCCGAGUAUUCUUGGCAAGGAUCAAUAUGACCCUUCUCACCCCUUGUACCGCUAUGACUAUUGGGGAGAGCCAAAGAACUCAGAGAAGACUAAGCAAGAACGAGUGACAGACGCUCACAACAAAUCUGUUGUGGGAAAGGGGAAUGUUUGGUAUGAAAUGUCUUAUGAAGAUGCAGUUGAGGAAAUGAAAUACAGGGAAAGCCAUCCAAAGGACAAUACAGAGAGGGAGACAGAUGAAGAGGCAGAAUCAGAUGAUGAUGAUAGUGAUGAUGACUUUGACUACAGUAUUCUAAGCGACUUGAGUGCUGAUUUUGCUAGCCAACCUCAUGUAAAUGGAACAGAAUCACCCAGCAUAUCAGAUGAAGGGAUGUUUGAGGAAUAAUUGGCAACGAGUCCGACAAUUUUGAAUUGUGUUUUUUGUACAGUAAAUUAUGAAGUACUUCGUAUUAGAUUAGCAAAGUAGGAAAAUUAGUUCACACUUCCAGUAGUAUGAGAGAAAUUGAUAGUUGAGGAUGUCGAGUAUUUUUAUGUUCAUGUGUUCUAAACUUCUCACGAGAUGUUUAUCUCAAAUCUAAAGGAUGGUGACUUUUGUACAAAUUGACUGGAAAUGAAUUUUUCCCUGAACUUAAUUUUGGUUUUGCUUUGCAAAUUAACAAUCAGCUUUGUAAAUUUGUAGAUGUAUAAUAUUAUUGUACCCCACUUUUAAAUAAGAAUUUGUGUUUAUCCUUUU